GUAUGUUUACAAGCUUUUGUACAUUUCACUGUUUACUUGCAUGAAAAUCAACUUCUAAAACCAAGAGAUCGUCAUUCAGGGCACCAUGUCUACUACGUCUUCACUCGAUAAAAGAGUAGAUGAUAGUCCGGGAAAGAAACGUUUUCCUUGGAAAUCAAGGAGAUUUGGAAGUGAUCGUUCCAAUGACAGAUAUGAUAGAAAUGGACCACUAAGUCCACUUAGAAGCCCUCUUAGGGAGGAGACAUCAAGAAGACAACAGAAUGCAAGAGAGGCAAGGCGCAAAAGAUUUCUGGAACCAGAGGUUUCUAUGAAGCAGGAAGAUUUUCCCCCUCUGCCAAAUGAAGCGUGGACACCAGAAGGGGGUAAAAAGUACAUUGAACAGAGGCUAGACUGGUCAGCGGAGAUGGACAACACAUCAAUCACGCAGGAAAGGUCAAGACGAAAGCUGGACCUGAGAGAGAGGCUUAACAAGCGUCAGCGCGAAGGGGUAGCAGACUUGAGAGAGAAGUUAGCGGAGAAGAAAGGAGAAGUUCAGGAUGAGCAGAAAAAUGAUGUCCCCAAUAAAGUCCUGGAUAAACCAAAGACACCAAAGAAACAGCUGGUAGAGUGGGAGACAGAUGAGCGAAUUCUUGCACGCAGACAGAAGGACACCGAUUACGGCAAGAACACAGUUGCCUAUGACAGAUACAGAGUCAUUGUGGAAAAAAAAAAGAGAGUUCGAGGAGUUCACCCAAAAACUCCAAACAAGUACAUCAAGACAAGUCGUCGCUCCUGGGACAGUCAAGUCCGGUCAUGGAGACGUCUACUUCACCAGUGGGAUCCUCCCACUGGCAACGAGAAACAACUCCCUAGCCUCGCUUACCUGGAAGCCGAUGAAGAUGAUGACAGUCUAUCCUUGUGCUCUGACGAACAUAUGGAGCACCUGACAUCGGACGCUGAUGAUGAGCACAGCCAGACAUCCACGUCACCCAGUGUAACCCUCACCCCUGAUCUUAAAACUGGGCCAUUCAAGUACCCCCUUGACAUCAAGACUGAAAUGGGUUUAUCCAGCUCUGCUAAUGCUGGUCAUAGUUUCUCAAUCAAACAGGAGCCUGUGGAUGUUUCUGUUCAUAUUAAGGAAGAGCUACUCGAUAGACCAGUGAAACAAGAAAGUCAGGAUGAUGGUUUUGUCUCGGGAUUUGAUGGCAUAGAGAUGGACACUUGUUGAUAGCAAUGCUUGUGUCAUGUGCUAUGUGUGUGAAGUUUAUCUUUUUGAUGAAUGUUUUAACUUAUAUAUUACAUAUUAUACAUUUUAGCAUUCAUUUGCGCACAUACAUGCAAGUUUUACCAGUUCUGAAACUAAUAUAUCAUGAUGUGGAAAUAUGUAAGUGAUGAGAUCGAAGUGAUAUUGAAUUAUUUUUCUUCUCUAAAGUUGUUGACAAGUGCUUUCAAAACCUGCAUAUAUGAGAUGAAAUUGCCUUUAAACAGGAAAAUGAAAUCAACAAGAUAGUCCUUUGACCAAGUGCAAGUAAACCAUUAAGUAUUUUAAAAACAAAAAAAAAACAUUUUUAUUUUUGUUCUGAUGUCAGUGUGCAUAAUGGAUAGCGUGAUAAUUGUUCUUAAUAUAUUAUAUAGGCAAAUAACUGAUAUGUAUUUGGAAAUAUAUGAUUUAUAUUUAAGUAAUUCUUCAAUGUUUGUAUACAUGUAGAUCAUUUUAUAUAAGUAUAAAUUCACUAGUCCAAAAGAGAUACAUUCACUAUAGUGAAAUUACAGAAGCUUUUAAAAAAUCUUUGUAAAUAGUUGUUUAGUCUGAUUAUAUGUAGAUAACAAGCAUAUUUAUUUUUAUCUGCGGUUAGUAACUGUAGCUGUAUGAUUGAACUUAUGUGUACCUAAACAAUGUUAUAGUAAUUCUCAUAUUAUUAAAAUGUUCUCCCUCAAAAGAAGUCUUAGUAGAGUGGGUUUGAAUUUUUUGUAUGAAUCCCACAUCAUGUUAACAAUUGGAAAAGUUAGAAGUAUGAAGAUAAACUUUCCUUCUGUGUAAGGGCAUGUAUGCUUAAUUUUCAUCUAUCACAAGUAUUGCACAUAUCAUGUGGAGAUGUGUCUAAAGUUUGAAGUGACGCCAAUAUGCUAUGGUUCUUUGCAUAGCUUUGAAAAGGGCUACGGAUGCAAGAUUAAUUUUAGGGAGUACAUUAUAUAUCUGAGUGGAGAUGUUAAACUUAAUGUUUUACUUUGUCAUAAGUAAAUUUGAAAGUAGAGUUUUAAUUUAUAUCAUUAAAAUAAGUAAUAUGUUAUUUGAAUUGGUCUUGCCUGGGCCUGACUCCAGAGAUUUAGAAUCUAAAUUUGCUGGAUGAAAUUGGUGAUUCAAAUCAUUUUUGGAAUCUAAAAUCUCAGUUGUCGAAGCAGGCAGUUAUCAUUUGUUUGAAUUAAAUCUAUCAAGGCAGCUGCUUAAUUGCUCAUUCAUGUGUUUUCUUCUUAAAAAAAGUUAAUCCUUUUUAAUUCACUAUACAACCAUAAAUGUGUUCCAUUUUAUUCAGUAUUGGAUAUUUUCAAAAUCAUUUGUAUCUUUGUAUUAUUUCAUUUAUUCAAUGGACCGUUACCAUUUCAUUUGAUAAGUAUCCAAUUUUUUAUUUGCUUUCACUAUCAUUGUUUCAUUUCCUUGCUUCAUUUUGCAUGAUCCCCAAGCUUGUUCCACUAUGGGGACAUUUUGGUGUUUCACCCGUAUCAUUUGAAUUAAAUUCCAUUUAACAUUUUCACCCUUAAUCUGUAUCAUUCUACCAUAUCCUCUCAUUUUAUGAACAUCAUUGUGUCAUCUGCAUACACCUCGACUAAAGUAAAAUAGCCACCAGCCCAAACUGUAAAAUAUCUGAACAAAUUGUAGUAAUUUUGAUUACAGUGCCUGAUACAGUCUUAAAUUGUUAUAGUAUAAUUGUGCCAUCAUAAUGCUAUACAUGAUUCAUUUUUACCAUAGUCAUCUUCAUGCUUGUCAUUGUGUCAUCUUCAUGUGUAUUUCAAACCACUGUGUCAUCUUGGUGUAUCGUUGAUACCACUGCCUCAUUUUCAUGCAUCAUUUGUACUACUGUAAAUUGAUUCAUCAUCUACCAUUUGUCAUCUUGCAUAAUUAGUACAAUCAUUUUCACCAGCAUUGUCAUCUUCAUGCAUCAUUUCACCUUGGUGUCAUCUUCUUGCAUCAUUUCACCUUUGUGCUAUCUUCAUGCAUCAUUUCACCUUGGUGUCAUCUUCAUGCAUCAUUUCACCAUUGUGUUAUCUUCAUGCAUUAUAUUCACCAAUGUGUCAUUUUCAUCAUUUUGUCAUCUCAUUCACCAUUUUAUACCAAAGUUGUCUUCUUCAUGCAUCAUUUUCCCCAUGGUGUCAACUUCAUGCAUCAUUUUCACCGUAGUGUCAUCUUCAUGCAUUAUAUUCACCAUAGUGUCAUCGUCAUGCAUCAUUUUCACUGUAGUAUCAUCUUCAUGCAUUAUAUUCACCAUAGUGUCAUCGUCAUGCAUCAUUUUCACUGUAGUAUCAUCUUCAUGCAUUAUAUUCACCAUAGUGUCAUCGUCAUGCAUCAUUUUCACUGUAGUAUCAUCUUCAUGCAUUAUAAUCACCAUAGUGUCAUCGUCAUGCAUCAUUUUCACCAUGGUGUCAUCUUCAUGCAUUAUAUUCACCAUAGUGUCAUCUUCAUGCAUCAUUUUCACCAUGGUGUCAUCUUCAUGCAUUAUAUUCACCAUAGUGUCAUCGUCAUGCAUCAUUUUCACUGUAGUAUCAUCUUCAUGCAUUAUAAUCACCAUAGUGUCACUGUCAUGCAUCAUUUUUACCAUGGUGUCAUUUUCAUGCAUCAUUUUCACCAUGGUGUCAUCUUCAUACAUUAUAUUCACCAUAGUGUCAUCGUCAUGCAUCAUUUUCACUGUAGUAUCAUCUUCAUGCAUUAUAAUCACCAUAGUGUCACUGUCAUGCAUCAUUUUUACCAUGGUGUCUUUUUCAUGCAUCAUUUUCACCAUGGUGUCAUCUUCAUGCAUUAUAUUCACCAUAGUGUCAUCGUCAUGCAUCAUUUUCACCGUGGUGUCAUCUUCAUGCAUUAUAUUCACCAUAGUGUCAUCGUCAUGCGUCAUCUUCACCAUGGUGUCAUCUUCAUGCAUUAUAUUCACCAUAGUGUCAUCGUCAUGCAUCAUUUUCACCAUGGUGUCAUCUUCAUGCAUUAUAUUCACCAUAGUGUCAUCGUCAUGCAUCAUUUUCACUGUAGUAUCAUCUUCAUGCAUUAUAAUCACCAUAGUGUCACUGUCAUGCAUCAUUUUCACCAUGGUGUCAUCUUCAUGCAUUAUAUUCACCAUAGUGUCAUCGUCAUGCAUCAUUUUCACUGUAGUAUCAUCUUCAUGCAUUAUAAUCACCAUAGUGUCAUCGUCAUGCAUCAUUUUUACCAUGGUGUCAUUUUCACGCAUCAUUUUCACCAUGGUGUCAUCUUCAUGUGUCAUUUUCACAAUGGUGUCAUCUUCAUGUAUCAUUUUCAUUAUAGUGUCAUCUUUAUGGAUCAUUUUCCCCAUGGUGUCAACUUCAUGCAUCAUUUUCACCGUAGUGUCAUCUUCAUGCAUUAUAUUCACCAUGGUGUCAUCUUCAUGCAUCAUUUUCACCGUGGUGUCAUCUUCACGCAUCAUUUUCACCAUGGUGUCAUCUUCAUGUGUCAUUUUCACAAUGGUGUCAUCUUCAUGUAUCAUUUUCAUUAUAGUGUCAUCUUUAUGGAUCAUUUUCCCCAUGGUGUCAACUUCAUGCAUCAUUUUUACCAUGGUGUCAUCUUCAUGCAUCAUUUUCUCGGUGGUGUCAUCUUCAUGCAUCAUUUUCACAGUGGUGUCAUCUUCAUGCAUCAUUUUCACCAUGGUGUCAUCUUCAUGCAUCAUUUUCACCAUUAUGUCAGUUACAUGCAUCAUUUUCACUGUGUUGUCAUCUUCAUGCUCCAUUUUCACAGUGGUAUCAUCUUCGUGCUUCAUAUUCACGGUGGUGUCAUCUUUAUGCAUCAUUUUCAUGGUGGUGUCAUCUUCAUGCAUCAUUUUCACAGUGGUGUCAUCUUCAUGCAUCAUUUUCAUCAUGGUGUCAUCUUCAUGCAUCAUUAUGUCAGUUACAUGCAUCAUUUUCACUGUGUUGUCAUCUUCAUGCUCCAUUUUCACAGUGGUAUCAUCUUCGUGCUUCAUAUUCACGGUGGUGUCAUCUUUAUGCAUCAUUUUCAUGGUGGUGUCAUCUUCAUGCAUCAUUUUCACCGUGGUGUCAUCUUCAUGCUUUAUUUUCACCUUGGUGUCAUCUUCAUGCAUCAUUUUCACUGUGGCGUCAUCUUCAUGCAUCAUUUUCACCGUGGUGUCAUCUUCAUGCAUCAUUUUCACCGUGGUGUCAUCUUCAUGCUUUAUUUUCACCGUGGUGUCAUCUUCAUGCAUCAUUUUCACCAUGGUGUCAUCUUCAUGCAUCAUUUUCACCGUGGUGUCAUUUUCAUGCAUCAUUUUCACCGUGGUGUCAUCUUCAUGCAUCAUUUUCACCAUUAUGUCAUCUUCAUGCAUCAUUUUCACCAUUAUGUCAUCUUCAUGCAUCAUUUUCACCAUUUUGUCAUCUUCUUGCUUCAUUUGUGCCCUGUGUUAUAUUCAUGUGUAUCACUGUGUCAUCUUCAUGUAUAAUUUCUACAGCUGCGUCAUCUUCAUGUAUCAUUUGUGUCAUCUUCAUGUAUCAUUUCUACAGCUGUGUCAUCUUCAUGUAUCAUUUCUACAGCUGUGUCAUCUUCAUGUACCUUAUGUAAUGAGUCAUUUCAACUAAUAUAUCAGCUUCAUUUACUAAUUGUGUCAUCGUCAUCUACCAUCUUUAUGUGUCUUUGUGACAUUGCAUCAUUCAUACUAUUAUGCGUUGUGCUCUUAAUGUCACCGUCAUGCAUCACUGGUGAGACCAUGUCAUCUUCAGCUGUCAUUUGUACAAGUGUGUCAUAUUCAUGUGUCAUUUGAGAAACUGUGUCAUCUUCAGCUGUCAUUUGUACAAGUGUGUCAUAUUCAUGCGUCAUUUGAGAAACCGUGUCAUCUUGAGCUGUCAUUUACUUUGUGAUCAUGUGUCUUCAUGUGCAUGUAUCAUUUAUAUUAGUGUGUACUUUCCAUAUAUCAUUUGUUCAUCUUCAUUAUUACAGGGAAUGCAAUAUACCUAAGAAAAGUGCUUCACUAAUCAAUGUCAUCGAAGAGUCAUUAUACACCGAAAAACACCAACUAUUUAUCAUUUCCGUUUUGCAAUCAUUUUACUUUUAAUUUUAUUUCAUUUCAAUUUUCAUUGACAUAAUUUUGUUGUAGCAUGUUGUCACUUUGAUUUUAUAUUUUGAUAUUGUUACACAACUGUCCCCACCAGUCAUGGGUCACAGACAUGGUUCUCCCUGACUUGUAUGCAGUAAAGUACCAAACUUUUACUUUAUUUUACUGUUGCUUGUGUCUUACCUACAAAACUUGAAAUAAAGCAAUGCAAAAUCUG